UUCGGGUAGGUGGAAAAAGUAAAUAAACAACUGGAUUUAAUUUUUAUAAUAAUAUAAUUAGUAAACUAUUAAAUUGGGACUGAAAAGUAAUAUAUUAUGAAAGUUUAACUGGAAAUACCUGCCAUACGUUAUUAUCUCCUUCAUACAAGCAACAUUUCCUGCAUCAUCACAAACUUCACUGACAUAACCUCAAACUGUUGACAAUGGAAAGCAUCAAAGAGACAAUUGCUGAGAUGAUGGGCCAACUGAACACAAGAAUGGCCUCCUUCGAAGCACAGAUUAAUAAGUCUCCAGCUUCACCUUCAGCUUCGGGACUGGCUGUUGAGUUUGCUGCCUUCAGGAGCUUCACAGUGUCGGCCUUCAACAUUCUUCAGAAGCAGGUUGAGAUGCUGGCAAGAGGGAUGGACCACCUGGACAUGCGCAGCCGCCGGAAGAUCCUGCUCAUUCACGGGGUACCCGAGACCAAGGGGGAGAAUGUGGUGAAUGCAGCUGUCCGGGUGAUUACAGGUCACAUUGAGGAGCCCGAGCUACUUUCUCCAAAGGAUGUCACUCGCAGUCACAGGAUGGGUCGCUUGGGUGAUAAGCCUCGGCCCAUUCUAGUCAAAUUCAAAGACUUAACCCUGAGAAACAAGGUAUGGUUCUCCAAAGCGAAGCUUAAGGGCAGUGGAGUCACGCUCUCGGAGUUUUUGACCAAGCCGCGGCAUCAGGCAUUCAUGGAGGCUCGGCAGCGGGUCGGCGUGAAGCAGUGCUGGACGCGGGACGGCUGCGUGGUGGUGCUGGGCGCUGACGGGAAGCAGCAUCGCAUCGUGUCGCUCGCCGAGCUGGACCAGGUGUGUCCGCCGGCGAGCCUGAACGUCGGUGUGGCGCCGCCAAAGGCCAGCAGCAGCAAGGCGCCAGAUGCAUCAGUGGUCUCUGGCAGAGCGAAGCGUGUCGCAUCUAAAAAGUAG